UUCAGAAAUGUCACAAAGCAAUUAUUUUUACAGAAAUGUCACAAAACAAUCAUUAUCUAGCGGGUCACAGGAUGAAACGGAGAGGACACACUCCCAAAUGGAGACAGAAUUCAGCCAAAGACAACCGUCAACAGAUGUGGGCAGGACAAGUACUCACGAGCCAAGACAGGAGGAGGCAGUCAUUUCUCCUCCAGCAACAAGACCACGUGGCACAGUUCCUAGGGGUCGUGGAAGGAGAUCUCUUCGUGGAGGUCAUGCCCGUGGUCGCUGUGGGACUGGUUCCAGAAGCCACUCGGGUGAGGAUGUUCCAACAAACAUCCAUUUUGACCAGGAACUCCUCAUCCAUUUUGUGGAGGAGAGACCGGCACUAUGGGACCAGUCCCAGCGGCUUCAUGCGGACCACAUAGCAACCCGGCGUCUGUGGUCUGAAAUUUUUAGAGCCCUCUUGGAAAACUGGGAGAAUAUGACUGACCAUCGACAACAGGCUUGUGGGGAGAUCGUAGUGAUUCGGUGGAGGUCCAUGAGGGAUCGAUUUAUCCGCGACCUCCACACCGAAAAAAACCUUCCGAGCGGUUCUGGGUCGAGGAACAGUCGGCCAUACCGCUACGCUCCCCUGCUGCAGUUCCUGAGAAGGUCUGCAGAAAUGAUGCAAAAUUAUGCAAGUCGCAGCAAAGUACCACAGACGUGGAGUGGGUCCUUUUGAACCUGGCUCUCCUGGAGGAAUUCUUUAUAUGCACUAGACAAUAAGUACGGUACUAUCCCUACAAUAUAAUAAUUAUUAAAUGCAUGUCAUUAAAUGUCAAAGGCCUCAACUCUAAUGCAAAAAGAAGGCUGGCCCUGACUGAAUGUCGUUCGCAGAAGGCAGAGGUAGUUUUCCUUCAGGAGACCCACUUUGAUCAAAGUGGUACCUUCCAGUUUGCAGCCAGAUCAUUUCCGCGAAUCUAUUCUGCUUUCUCAGAUAGACAGCGGGGGUGGCUAUUCUUUUAUCUGCUGCAGGUUGAAUCCUCGGUUUCGGAUCUAAUGGGCAAAUAAGUUAUCCUUCAGGCUUCCCUACAGGGAACCCCCCUUGUUCUAUGCAACCUAUAUGCCCCGAACUGUGGGCAAAUUCCUUUUUUAAGAAACGCUCUGUUGAAACUAUCCCAUUAUGUUCCAGCAGCACUGGUAGUCGGAGGAGAUUUUAAUGUCUUUUUCUGAAUGUCUAGAUAGGUUAUCCUUGGCAGAAAAAUAGUUCCACAGUCACAACGUAGAC